AUGGCUGAUUAUCGUCUACGCCAUAACAUAGAUGUUGGAUCUGUUAAUCGUUACGGAAAGGUGCACAAAGGCCAUUAUGAACCAUGGCUGACUCAGCAUAUCAAUGAUUUACGUGCAUUUUUCGGUCUUCAUUUUACGUAUCAGGAACCAGGUGUUCAUGAGCACGCUACGACUCAUGUUGCAUCCUUUGGCGAGAAGUUCGGUAUUUCUCCUCUUCCAAGCGAAAUGAUGGCCUCUUAUGGUAUUGAAAAAUAUCAACGUGCUCGAUGUCAGGGUGCAGCACACGCAAUUCUUCCUGUACACACUAAGGAAGAGAUCACAGAAUUUGACAAGCUACUACGCGAACAUUUUAGAUUACAAGUGAACAAUAAUCAACAACCCAAUUACAAAAAUGUGGUCGAAGCUAGUCAACGAUCGGCAGACAGAAAGCGACACAUACCAGAUGCCCAGACACCUUCUCCGCUAAAGGUUCCUCGCUUGCAAAUGGCUUCCAACAUCGACUACCAGCAUCAGCAAAACAUCAUAGCAACGACCAUAUCAUCAGCUUCAAUACCUGGGGAGACAGCCAUGUUUGAUUUUGCCAGUGUUUUCUAA